AUGGAGAAACUGACACGUUCCCAGGAACUUCUGACUUCUGUGGGGCCAAGAAAUACCACUAUGAUGGUGACUGAGUUUAUCAUAUUGGGAUUUGGAGACCUCAAGGAAUUGGGUCCCUUGCUCUUCCUGGUGUUUGGCAUUGUCUACUUAGCCACCAUUUCUGGAAAUCUCCUCCUUGUGGUCCUGGUGAGCACUCAGCGGGGACUCCAGACACCAAUGUACUUCUUUCUGGCAAACCUCUCAUGCCUGGAGGUCUGUUAUACAUCCAACAUUGUGCCCAGGAUGUUAGUAGACUUGUUGAGAACGAACAGAGUGAUCUCCACAGUAGGCUGUAUUAUUCAGCUCUACUUCUUCGGAGCCCUGGGCAGCACUGAAUGUUAUCUUCUGGCAGUGAUGUCAUGUGACCGGUACCUGGCUGUCUGCCGGCCCUUGCACUAUCCAACACUAAUGUAUGGGACCAUAUGUGUGGGGCUAGCAAUUGGCUCAUGGGUUGGUGGCUUCACAGUGGCAGCUGCAUUCCAGGUUGCUAUGGUAUCCAGUUUUACCUUCUGUGGUGGCAAUGAGAUUGACCACUUCUUCUGUGACUUGAAACCUCUGCAGAAGCUCUCCUGCUCAGAUCCCCACCUGGUCAACCUGGUCUGCAUGAGUUUAACAGUGCUGGUGACUCUAGUUCCGUUUGGAUUAACCCUAGCCUCCUACUGGAGGAUUCUUUCCACAGUCUUGCAUAUACCUUCCGUGACUGGUAGGCAGAAGGUAUUCUCCACUUGUUCCUCUCAUCUAGUGGUUGUGACCUUGUUUUAUGGGACCUUGAUCCUGGUCUAUGCUGUGCCCUUGGCUGGUGAGGUAUCAGUUCUCAACAAAACCUUCUCCUUGCUCUAUACUAUUGUCACUCCCAUGUGUAACCCCCUUAUCUACAGCCUCAAAAACAAAGACGUCAAGGAGGCCCUGAAGAAGCUGAGGAUUUGA